AUGAAUACUACUGAUAUUUUCAAGCUCUUAAAUACGCUAAAUGAUCUCAAACACUUGAAAAGGACUGGAUGGGUGAAAUUCAAUUUAUGUAAUGAGCAUCUCAAAAUUAAUAAACCAGAAACGGUAGCUAGCCAUAUGUACCGUAUGGCAAUGUUUGCAAUGGUUUUAGAUGACAAGACAUGCGAUCAAAUAAAGUGUAUUAAGAUGGCAUUAGUACAUGACUUAGGUGAAGCAAUUAUAGGUGAUAUCACCCCCCAUUGUGGAGUUUCAUCUACUGAAAAGCAUCGAUUGGAGAAAGAUGCUAUGGAGCAAAUUUCGAAGAUGGUGCCAUUAUCAGUAGGCUCAGAUUGGUAUUCUCUGUGGCAAGAAUAUGAAGAACGUCAGACAAAAGAAGCAAUAAUUGUAAAGCAUUUAGAUGAAUUUGACAUGGUUGCUCAAGCUUUUCAUUAUGAGCAAAAAUAUGAGAUGGAAGAGUUUUUUGAAGCAACACGAAAUUCAUUCACUUUAGAACCAUUCGUAUCUUGGAUCGAAGAAUUGCGUAAAAAAAGAUGUUUAUUAAAAAACUCAGUUCAGCAUUAA